UGCGGCGGCCACCGACCCGAACACAGCCCCGCGCACUCCACCAGCCGCCCGCUCCGUGCUCACACACACACCCUCCCUCACCACCCUCCACCACAACCAAUGACACCGCCUGCAGGUGCUGAAUGGUGCCACAGCGGUGCUCUACCACCCGGCACCAGUCAUACUCUCAAGUGUUACUACUGACGGAGGUCAUUGACCCCUGGUCCUGCCCUUACGCAAGUAGGAAUAUUGUGGUGACAGGUGCUCGUGAGUACCAAGUGAUUAAAGUGACCAAGUCAACAAAGUGUUACGCGAAGAAAAAUAAGUGAGAAACCAGAAGAAAAUUGUGAGCCUUGAGAGUGAGCGUCCAACAGUGAGUUCAUGACAGUGCCAGCCAGCUGAGCACGUGUGACCCCUGUGUUGUGAACACUGAAGGUGUCCCCAGUGUACAGUAGUGAGUGUUACCACACCCAGUGGCAACCAGGGAUAAGAAAGGUGCGUGUGCAGCGUGCAGGAGUGUGUAGGAACUGCAGGAGAGGCAGGACAGUGGGUGUUAGCGGCAGCAAGGGCGCCAAUGUUGUGAACGCGCGAGGAGUAUCUCGCCGAGGGGUCAUUCACCCCGCGACGGUGGUGCAGGCGGCCUUGUGGCCUCACUCUCUCACAGCCUCUCACGCCGCCCACCCGCCGCCCAUCACGCCCUCACCUUCACCAGGGACGUAUGAAGUGUCCAGUGUGACAGUGCCACCAGUGUCAGAAACAGUAGAAGGCUGGGGAAGUAGAGCCAGUGGACUCGAGCCAUAGUAAGGUGCCGAGGGUUCAUUGACCCCAGAGCUGUGAGCCGCGCGCACCACACACACCCACCGUCUCACACUCACCACGCCCGCACGCCCACUCACACCACCCACUGCACUUGAUGUCCAUAGUUUGUGGAAAAUAUAAACCAGUGAAAAAUAAUAAAAAAAGAUGUGGAUAACUCGAGAAAAAGUGAUGUGAGUGAAUGGUUGUCGUCAGCAGAGACGCGAGGGUACAGUUAGUCUGACGGUACCUGGUCACGCGUCGAGGCCCACCGGACUACGGCUAAUUACCAUCCUGGACACUACAAGAACACUACUCUACACCACCUGGCAACACACCCCACCCCAAGUAACACUCGAAACCCGAGCCCCCUUGUCCAUCACCCAGGGGCCCCCCACCUCCGACUACUAAAUACCCAGAUUACAACACCAUCGGGGUGGAAGUUAACACAAGCUAACAAGUGUGUCAGUCAUCCCUCAGAGCCAGCAGCAGUCAUCAUCACCAGCCGCUGACAUCACCACCGCUAGCGUGCAAGUCGCUUAUCUAAUCUAACGUGAGGUUGUUCGCGGUACAGUGUGGUGCAAAAGCUUUUCUUUCAUUGGUGUCAGUGUCUCAUCCAACGAAUACAGUGACGUGAUUCAUGGUGCAAAAAAUACCUUUCGUUAUCAACAACAACAACAAGGUGCUACUCAGCGGUGCUCCCCUUGAAACAAAUAUCUACCUGAAUACAUAAGAAUAGCGAGCACCGAGUGUUUGUGUGUUGUCGUUGUGUGUAAAGGACGUAGUGCUAGACACAGGUGAUAGUAAGGUCAUUUUUCGUGAUAUUUGGAUAUUUAAGUCGCACAUCUGUAACCCCUGGAACUCUACUGUGUGUGUUUGUUUGUUUGUUUACAUAUUUUAUAUAUAUACGUAUAUAUAUGUAUAUAUUUAUAUAUAUAUACAUCGGGUAACUUUACAUUAGAUUAAGUGUGUUAAUCACGUGUGAAGGAUAUUACUCACCGUCGGCACAAGUGAAGCCUCUUUACUACUAUUAUCCGUGGCAUUAUUAUUACCAUUGUUAUUAUUAUUAGUAUUACUACUGUAUUUCAUCGCACAAGACGUCCCCAAUAAAUCUUUACGCUGGAUCCCAUCAACAAAAACCAGUGGGAUUUCGGAACCCUUCUGAAGAACCCGGAGGAGAGCCUCGCCAAGAUGGAUAUUCUGAGUGAGCUCUUCGGGCCAGGGUGGGAGAGGGAGGUGGCGGGUGAUGCCGUCGACACCACCACCCCGUCCUCCUCCACCCCCACGCCCACAAACCGCCCACCCUCCACCGAAAAGAAGUCUAACUCCAUCAAAGGUAAAGCUCAGAUCGAGAUCAUCCCGUGCAAAGUGUGUGGCGACAAGUCGUCAGGUGUCCACUAUGGCGUCAUCACGUGUGAGGGUUGCAAAGGCUUCUUCAGGAGGUCUCAGUCCUCGGUUGUGAACUACCAGUGCCCCCGUCAGAAGAACUGUGUGGUGGACCGCGUCAACCGCAACCGCUGUCAGUACUGUCGCCUUCAGAAGUGUCUAGCUCUCGGCAUGUCCAGGGAUGCUGUGAAAUUUGGUCGGAUGAGCAAGAAGCAGCGAGAGAAGGUGGAGGACGAGGUGCGCUACCACAAGGCUGCCCAGAUGGGCAUGGCCGCCCAGGAGACCUCGCCGGACUCAUCCAUGUACGAGCCGCCCACACCCACGUCUUCAGAUAUAUACACCCCAUACUAUGGGUCGGAGAUUGCCUCCUUCCCCUCCACAGGGUACAGUUAUACCCCACAGACCACCACACCUACUAUACCCUUCGAGAUCAACCCAGAUUAUGUAGUUGACUCUACCACAUUUGAUCCUCGUCAAACCUCAUUAGACCCCCUGCCAGACUCGGGAGCCAUGUCACCAGUUGUGUCCUCUGGUAAAGGCGGGUUCGGGCACAGAGGAGCUGGCUCAGGGGGAGGAGGAGGAAGCGAGCUAGCUGGUGGUGGUCAGAUGCGGGGUGCUGGGCCUGGAGGAGGUGGUGGUGGAGGAGGAGGAGGGGGAGGUGGAAGUCUCUUGGGAGAAGCAGACAUCAUUAUAAAAGAAGAAGUAUCCGUAGAGACGUGCUUUAACAUGGACACUCUACAGACCACCAGACUUAAUGAGUGUGGUGGUGCUACCAGUAUGUCAGACAAGAACCUUACUCCCGUAGACAGCACUACGUACCUGCCUCCUGGUCCCACUUCUCCACCCCUCAGUCAACCUCAUCAACAGCAGCAACUACAACAACAGCAGCAGCUACAACAUCAUCAGCAGCAGCAGACAACUGUAGCUGGUGCCACAGUGUUACCAGACGAAGAGAGCGUAUCCCCCCAUCCUGCACAACUUGCCGAGAUCUUGGCUCGUUGGGUUGCUGACGCUCACUUACGAACGUGUUUAUACUCCAGUGAGCACAUAGCAGAUGUUAUGAGGAAACAAGCCCUCGACAUCUCUAAAGUCACCUACUACAAAAAUAUGGCACAUGAAGAACUUUGGUUUGAUUGUGCUCAGAAAUUGACGUCCGUAAUCCAGCAGAUCAUCGAAUUUGCUAAAGCCGUUCCAGGCUUUAGAAAAUUCUCACAAGAUGAUCAGAUUGUUCUUCUCAAAGCAGGGAGUUUCGAGUUGGCUGUGCUGCGGAUGACCCGGUACUACGAUGUGAAUCAGAACUGCGUGGUGUACGGUGAUACUCUUCUCCCCAUGGAGGCCUUCCUUACCACAGAGACAGUGGAAAUGAAACUUGUUAACAACGUCUUUGAAUUUGCCAAAACUAUCGCUGAACUUAAAUUGACAGACACAGAGUUAGGCUUGUACUCUGCUCUAGUGCUGCUACAAGCAGAUCGGCCAGGUCUCCGUGGUACUGAAGAGAUUGCAAAGCUGAAUGAAGCUGUGGGGCGAUCACUGUGCCUGGAACUGGACAAGACACACAGGUAUCCAGUCAAGGGGGAUAUUACUGUCUAUGCCUUCCUGUUGGCCAAGAUGCCUGCCCUCAGGGAGCUGAGCAUGCUACAUCAGGAAGCACUGAGCAAGUUCAAGAGGGCUGCACCACACCUCCAGUUCUCCGAUCUCCACAAGGAAAUCUUCAAUGUAGAUUCCUGAGGUGCCUAUACCAGACUGCCUGGUUAAGAUGAUAAGGGGAAGGGGCCGUCUGCUCCUCUGGCUCUGUUGCUCCAUCACAUCCUUUUCUACGAGAGAAUGAAUCAUCUGUACAUUACCUUCGUGAUUUGUUUGUUAGUGUUACUUGUUAGCGCAGAGGACUAUGGACUCUUUAAAAUACCAUUAUAGAUGUGUUGUGAGUUUUACAGAGUCUAACAAGUGUUUUGUUUAGAGGAGUGGGGUGCUCAAAACCUCCAGUCUCAGAUGCAGUAUAUUAAUAUGAAGCCUACAACAGCCCCUUGUAGAUUAUAAUGUUGAUAAUGAUGCCUUACAAUCAGAGUCCAGCAGAGUUGGCCGUUGGCUUCGUAGCUGAGUGUUAGUGAGUCCCCACUAAGAUAGAGAUAGUGAGUCUCUCGAAAUGUCCAAGGUUGAUGAUACUAUACAGUUUAUUUUUUAAGGAGUCGUAUAAACACCCUUGACAAUGAUCCUUAUCUUUGUAAAUUGAAGAUAUUGUAUACUUAAAAAAAAUAUUUAAUUACAUUAUUACAUGAAUUGUUGUAUACUAUAAAUCUUUAUUGCUUAUAGGAAAAGUUAUCAUUCUCAUAUUAUCAUUGUCAACAAAAGGUAUAAACAAAAUUACCACUGAUAUCAUGUCAUCAUCUCCAUCACUAUGUUUAUAAGUUUUUUUUUAUAUAAGUUUAGCUAGCUUAUAAUUUUGUAUAGUUUAAUUUAUUUUUGUUCAGCUUUUCCCAGCAAACACAUAAUGAAAUCAUAUAUUGUGCCAGUUGAUACUAACCUGCAAAUGAUAGGGUCACGAUUGGCCACGCUUGCUCGAGUCCUGGCAAGAAGCAAAUAACUGAAGGAGGGAUGGAACAGUGGUACAAAGAAAAUGGGAGUCCCAUAGUUGAUCACUGGUACGGGCAGAAAGUUGUUGAAAACUGCCUCCAAGCUGGAUUUUUGUAACAGUGCUUGAGUUUUGAGGAGCCUUUGAAAUUAAUAGGAAUUAAAGACUCAGUUUUGAAAAAUGUGUUGACAAAAUUGAACUGAAAAUCUGUGUUAUGCUCAAGUGGUGAUAAGAAAUCCGGUGUAUGUGUACUGAGCGUCCCAGACUCUCAACAUGGCCUCAGACUCUCUUGGAAACGCUGUCUUGCGUCCUUUGCCCAUUCCAGCCGUGCUAGAGUACAAAUAGGUUAGAGCCGAGGCCAUCCUGCCCUGUCUUGUCUCCUGCAGUCCUGCCCUGGACCCACUGGCCCGUGACCACGUCCUUUUCAAAGUCUUUGGUCUAAAGGUUCCUAAAGCCAUCUCAGUCAGUCUUUUUCUUAGUGACCGACGUGUGUUCAGGCCUGUGAGCCACCUUUCUGUUGGCCAUUAUAUUUUUUUUCUUUAGAUGGAGUCUUGAUUUGAGCUAACGUGGUUGGCUUUAGGUCCAUUUGACUGCAGACACAAAGUGUACAGAAAGACACAGCUUCUAUCGUAGAUGUUAAGGGGCGGCCGUUGCUGGAGGAUCUCUAGUGCUUAGUAUCUAGAGUCUAGUGUGCUUCGGAGAGUUUGGGGCUAGGCUUAUCCUUCCCCAGAGCUCAAUUACAGAAGGAUUAACUAUCCCAUGAAGGGUGCUGUGGGGUUAAGGAGUUGGUCCAGCCCCACUCUGCUGGCAUCAGGUCACAGCCGUACUGUACAAACUCUCCAGCCGCCGCCGUGAUGCUUGCUGCCUGCUGCCACCAACCAGCUAUUUAUUUAUUUGUGUAAUGACCAUCCCAGUCUGUGCUGUGCUUCAUGAAAUGGACUACACAGCAAGCAGCAAGUGGCUACUCUGUAUAUUGUAUACAGACUCUCCUAUUGGUUAUUGUGCAUUAAACAACUCUCCCUUUGGUCCUUCCUCUUUGGGGUGCGGGAAAUAACCAGCUAGGACGUCUUGUACUCACCACACAUAAACACAGGGGUUACAGUAAACUGGUAUUUUGGCUAACCUGGAGUUUUAUUAUGCCUUUGGUAUCAUCAGUUUUUAUAGGUUCAAAAGUUUAUUAUCCUUAUCUGUCAGAUCCAUAAUAAAAAAUACAUCUUU